AAUGGGCUACACUAAACCAAUUUUAUUUUCUUAUCUUUGACACGCCAUCUAAUACAGUGACUAUAGUGUGCAUGUAUAUUCAUAACAUAAUUAAUCAGUUUUGAAUCUUGUCACAGACUAUUGGAAAUACGGCAACUUCAAGGUUUUGAUAUGCGCGAGUUGUGGAUAUUCUUAUUGUGUUGUUGUUAUUGUUGUUGUUUAACUCUCAAUGCGGAACAAACUGACGAUGUUGCUGAUCUAAAGAGAGAUAUAGAACAGCUUAAGGCGAUGAUGAAGGAGUACAUGAAGGACAUUUCUGAACUCAGAGAAUUACGAGCCAUUGACAAUAACCGGUUGGAACAUUUGGAAAGAGUUAACUCCGAGUUACAACACACGGUUUCAGAAUUGGGCGCCGAGAAUUUAAACUUUAAGGAACAGCUUAGACUACAAGAAAGCAAUUCUCUGCCAACUCCCCCAGCCUCCAGGAAGCGGUUUAUCGUGACGCCGGACGCGCAGGUGGCCUUCUCCGUGCACGUCGCCGGUCCACAAUUUACCCCGGCAAACAAGGCCAAGAUCCCUUACAAUACAGUGGAUAUUGACUUAGGCAUCGGAUAUGACGUCAGUCAGCACGUGUUCACGUGCCCAGAGAACGGCGUGUAUUUCUUCCAUACGGGAUUGUACGCACGAGGUCUAGACAUCACCAAGGUCAAUAUCGUCAAAGAGGGUACUAGCCUUACCAUGGCUGGCACCAGAGGCGACAACACUGGGGACGGGUACGACCAAGGAAGUAACUGUGUGGUGACGUCAUGUAACCAAGGACAACGCGUGUGGGUUGAAGUGAGCAGCAUGACCACGGGGGCGGUGGACGCCGGAAACAAGGCGACUUCGUUUACAGGCUUCCUGCUUUUCCAGUUGUAAAGACGCCUCAUUUCCUACAGUUAUUAUUUGAAACCGCAUGGUCAAGUUUAAAUUUUUAUUUACACUGAA